UCCCCUACCUCGCUAACCCCACCCACCCCGCCUCCCUCCUCGCCGGUCCCCGCCGCCCCGCCGCCGCCGGAACCCUAGCUCCGGCGAGGCCCCCGGCCUCACCCGCCUCCGAUCGGGCUCCGUGGAGCCCCGCGCCCCUCCGCGCGAUCGCGAGAGAUCCAGGGGUCGCCGCCGGCCGUGGGGGCGGGAGGAGGCGCGAGCCACAUGUCGGGCGUCGGCAGCGGCAGGCCGCCGGCCGCGCAGAAGAUCCUGCAGUCUCUGCGCCCGCCCCUCGCCUUCGCCUCGCCGUCGAGGCCGCCCUUCGCCGCGCCCGACGACUACCACCGCUUCCCCACGCCGGCAGCGGCAGCGGCCCCCACCGCCACCUCGGGCGGCGUCGGCGCGGGGGGCGCUGCUGACAGCAUAGAGGAGGGGCUGGUCAUCCGGACGCCGCUAAAAAGAAAAGCCACAUCUGAAGAAAAUGAUGCUGCUGAGUCAAGUGAAUGUAUAAUUACCAGCACUGGAUUUACUGGCAGUCCAAUGCUCACUCCUGUCUCUGGAAAAACUGUUAAAACUUCUAAGUCGAAGGCGAAGAACAAUAAAGCUGGUCCUCAAACGCCUACGUCAAAUGUUGGUUCACCUCUCAAUCCAGCAACACCUGCUGGCACUUGCCGCUAUGACAGUUCAUUAGGACUUCUGACAAAAAAGUUCAUUAACUUGCUCAAGCAGGCUCCAGAUGGCAUUUUAGAUUUAAAUAAUGCCGCAGAAACACUAGAGGUUCAAAAGCGGCGCAUAUAUGACAUUACCAAUGUCCUUGAAGGAAUUGGACUAAUAGAGAAGACACUUAAGAACAGAAUACGUUGGAAGGGCCUGGAUGAUUCAGGUGUUGACUUAGAUAACGGUAUUUCUGCUUUGCAGGCAGAAGUUGAAAAUCUUAGUCUGCAGGAGCAAGCACUAGAUGAGCGUAUAAGUGAUAUGCGUGAAAAACUAAGGGGCUUAACUGAAGAUGAAAAUAAUCAAAGGUGGCUCUAUGUGACUGAAGAUGAUAUCAAGGGAUUACCCUGCUUUCAGAAUGAAACACUAAUUGCAAUAAAAGCACCUCAUGGUACUACACUCGAAGUUCCGGACCCGGACGAGGCUGGUGAUUAUCUCCAAAGGAGAUAUAGAAUUGUCUUGAGAAGUACUAUGGGCCCAAUAGAUGUUUACUUAGUUAGUCAAUUUGAUGAGAAAUUUGAGGAGUUGGGUGGUGUUGAAACACCUGCAAGGCAUGCAAAUAUGUCGAGACAUCAUACUGUUGAAGAUUUCAAUGCAACAAAUGCUGGACAAUGCAGCACAUCGAUGGAUGUGGUACAUAAUGUUCAGCAAAACCAGAGGACCCCACAGGAUCCUAAUGCUUCGCACGAUUUCGGGGGCAUGACAAGGAUUAUUCCUUCAGAUGUUGAUACGGAUGCUGAUUACUGGCUCCUAACAGAGGGAGAUGUUAGCAUUACUGAUAUGUGGAAAACAGCACCAGAAGUGCAGUGGGACCAGAUGGACUUCUUGUCUGAAGAAGUUGUCACCCCUCGUGCCCAAAAUCAGCAGCCGGUCGCAGUCGGUGGGCCACAUAUGCAGGUUCCAAGCAUGGAUAAACCAUAAGAUCAUGGUGGCCUUUCAACUCUGACAUCUGAAACACUUGGAGCGGUGUUGAGUGAGAUGUUUCUGGUGCAAAGAAAUGGAUUCUCAGGUGACAGCAGGUGCUCAUUGCAACAGAAGAGCAGGGUGAUGUUAUCAGAAUCCAUCACCUGGAGAGAAGUCAAGGCAGCAGUUCAGACCUUCAGAUCGAUGUGCACCAUUCACUCUGUUGCGGAGACUGAUGAGAUCAGCUGAGUAAGCUAACAGCUUCCUGCCUGAUUUGCUGAAGCAUGGCACUUCAGCUUCGCUGAUUCGUUGUGAAUCCAUUGUUGUGCUCAUUCAUCCACCGUUCCAUUCGCUUACCAAGCUAACGGUAUCAUACAAGUGGUCCAUUAAAAAAAUGUGUAAACAUCGUGUCAAAAUGGUGCAGAAUGCGUGUAGUGUUGGUGUAACGACACCAUUGGGUGAGCAUCAGUGUAACACAGAGAUCUUUGUACAAUUGUUUGAUUACCCUAGAGCGCUGUUCCCUUGUAAAAAAAAAAGUGUUCCAUGCGUGUAGCAAAGAGGAUACUCAAAUUUUGUAGCAUCCAUUUGAUCAAUCCAUUAAACAGGCCCUGGGCCUAACAGUUUUUUAACUA